AUGUUGAGAAAUUUGGGAUGGGGCUCGACAGCAUCGUAUAGCUAUAUGAAAAAGCAACUCUAUAGAGUUUGGACUGGUUUGGUCGUGGCCUUUACACUAUAUGUUCCGGUCCUAUUCGUACAGUCUCUGAUGUGGACCAUAGAUAUAUCCCAUGCCGAUACUCUAUUCACCUCUCUGGAAGUGUUUUUCAAUGCACCCGCCUAUACGAUCAAGUCGACAAUAAUGCUCCUGAAUCGAUGGCGCGUGGAUAAGGCCAAGGAUCUGUUGGACGUGAUGAGCGAGCGUUGCGUCACAUAUGAGGAAAGAGUCGAAGUCCACAAAUUGGCAACUCGCUGCAAUUAUAUUAUAUGUGUAUAUCAUGUAAUAUAUUUUAUACCGACAUCUCUGAACCUGGCCUAUGCCAUCUCGACGGGUAUACCGCCAUUGAACCUAUAUAAUCCCUUUGUGGACUGGCGUGACGGUACUCGCAGCUUGUGGAUCGCCUCGAUCUUGGAGUAUUUCCUACAGGUAUUCGCCAUCUAUGCCACCUUGGCACUGGAUGCUACUCCUUUGAUAUUCGGAUUGACUGUAAGGGCCUAUAUCAAGUGGCUCCAUGUGAGGGUGGAACGAUUGCGAAUGCAGACUGAUAUGACUGAAGAUGAGAACUACGAGGAACUAGUGCUAUGCAUCAAGGAUCAUAAACUUAUUUUAGACUACUGUGAGAACAUGCGUCCUCUGAUCUCUCGCACAAUGUUUGUUCAGUAUGCGACUGUAUCGUUGGUGCUGGCUUCGACUUUGAUCCAUUUGGUUUCAUUUGCUGACUUGAUAUCGGGCAUUACGACGGCUAUAUAUAUGACGGCUAGCUUGUUUCAAACUUUUCCAUUCUCAUAUACGUGCGAUCUGAUUGUUGAAGACUGUGAAAAUUUAGCCUUGGCCAUAUUUCAUUCGCACUGGAUGGGCUCCAGUCGACCUUAUAAAUCGGCUCUAGUCUACUUCAUACAUAAGGUACAACAGCCGAUUAUCUUUCUUGGCGGCGGGGUCUUUCCCAUAUGCCUGAACAUAAAUAUUCAGGUAGCGAAGUUUGCAUUUUCGCUGAUGACUUUCGUACAACAAAUGAGCAUAUUCGAAAACUUUGAGAAGUAA